AUGUACGCGGCCGUGGGCUUCGGGAUCGCAGGCUUCUUCAUCAUUGAGGACCAACAGCGAGGAGGCAAUCGAGGCGUCGUGGCGUGCCAAGUCGUCGUGCUUCAGCUGGAGAACCUCCUCGCGCUCAAGCACGAGAAUUACGCCAUGCGCGAGCUCCUACGCAGGCAGCAGGCGCAGGCCGCCGCCUCUCCGGCCUGGUACCCUCCGGACCUCAACCCGUUCGGCCCGGGCCUGCCGCGUCCUUCGACACCUCCCGCCACCGGGGACGGCGGCUCCGCCGCCGGCUCUGAGCCGGAGCAGGGCUCGACAGGAGGCGGCGACACGCCGCUGCCCGCGACGCCGGAGCGCGCAGAGAGACGGGCGGCGGCGAGGCGCGCCUUUGCACUGCGCGACGCCGCGACGCUGCGCCUCGCUUGGCACGGCUGGCGCGCCGCGCACACGCAGUCGCGCAUGCUCAAGAACCUCGGCCCGCUGCUGGCUUCGCAGCAGCCCGCGGUGGCCUCGCUGUGCACCGAGCUGGAGGCAGCAGAGGAGAGGGAGCACGCGCUCUCGCUGCGGUGCGCGCGCGAGGUGGCGCUGCACUGGCGCGCCACCGACGCCGGCAAGAGAGCGCUGUGGGGCCUGCGGCGGCGAGGGUCGGCGCGGCUGCACUUUGGCGCGUGGCGCGAGAGGAAGCCUGCGAAAUUUCCGUUUGAUUUUUGUGGCCUAAUCGGCUGA